AUCAUGGUCAGAACGCUGAGAGACAGUGAACAGUAUAGGUCACAGAGGUAGCGUUAGCACCGUUACCCUUCGGACUGAGCGACUGAACCGUGAAGACGUUUUUGUUGUGAUUUGUUCUCAAGGCAGAUGGUAACUUUCGGAUAAUACCGUUUGCUAGACUGUCUAGCGUUUCGGGAGCUAGCUUUCAGCUUACUCACUGGUGUUCUGCAGUGGAAAUAGCAAAAAUGUCGUCUCCAAGUCCGGGUAAAAGGCGAAUGGAUACCGAUGUGGUGAAACUCAUCGAGAGCAAGCAUGAAGUGACUAUCCUCAGCGGGCUCAAUGAAUUUGUAGUGAAGUUUUUCGGACCACAGGGCACACCGUACGAAGGAGGCGUGUGGAAGGUGCGAGUAGAUCUUCCUGACAAAUACCCUUUCAAAUCACCAUCAAUAGGAUUCAUGAACAAGAUUUUUCAUCCAAACAUCGAUGAAGCGUCAGGCACAGUGUGCUUAGAUGUCAUCAACCAGACAUGGACAGCCCUUUAUGAUCUGACCAACAUCUUUGAGUCGUUCCUGCCCCAGCUGUUGGCUUACCCAAACCCCAUCGACCCCCUGAAUGGAGACGCCGCUGCCAUGUACCUUCACCGGCCAGAGGAGUACAAGCAGAAAAUCAAAGAGUACAUCCAGAAAUAUGCAACAGAGGAGGCGCUGAAGGAGCAGGAAGAGGGGGCAGGCGACUCUUCAUCUGAAAGCUCCAUGUCUGAUUUCUCAGAAGACGAGGCCCAGGACAUGGAGUUGUAAUGAUAGGAGGGCUCCCCCAUCCCGCCCCCUCCUAAAACCCCCACAGAGACUAUAUUUGAUUUCCUAACCAUGAGAAAGCAGACUUAAAAUAUUCAUAUUUAAACAAGGCGAUUUUUUUAUUAUUAUUAUUGCUAAACAAGGAUUUUUAUGAAUAUCUAGCCUUUGGUGUGUUUGACAGACACCCCUCCCAUUCUGGAGCCAUUUCUCCCUACGCAGAUGUCACUUUCACAUUCUCUUCCUGUCAUUUUUGAGGCAUGUCAUGUAGUUGUAGGCAGGAAAUCUCCCCAGUGAACAUCUCAUUCCUUUAUUCCCAUUUCACUUCUUAAGUAGACCUUUCCAUUUACACCUGAAUCCUAAUUUCCUUUCUUUUUCCAUUAUGCUAAUUGACUCUGACCGACAGUUUAGUUGCUCCACCACAGAGCUGUUUAGGCCUUGCCUGCCUGGGUGCACAGCUCUAUAUUAUUAUCCUGUAGUCAUGACGGUAUUUUUAAGGUGCACAGUCAUACAUGGGGUGUCAUAGCAGACCUUAACAUAAAAAUACAAAAAAUGUAGUGCCAAUAAAUACUAAUAAAUCAGCCGUAGAGUUUGUGUAGCCGUUUUUUUGUUUUUGCAUAUGACUGAGACUUGUUAGUUUAGUUUGAUAUUGGCUGUUACAUCAGUAAUUCUUUCUUACUCU